AUGGGGACGGGUUCGGGGGGGUACGUCCCCGACCCACUGAUGAUGAUGAUGCCGGGUCUGACGGAAGAAGAGUGCGAGAGGUACAGGGAGCUACUGGAGAUCAGGUGUCAGUUUCAAAGGAACAGGAAGCUGGCCGAGAGAAGCCAGGGAGGAAGAUCAGGGGGUGAGGAGGAGGAGGAGGAGGCGAGACGUGUGAGGAUGAAGUGGGGAGUGACCCAACAUUCGACGUAA